AUGAUUACAAGUCUUUCAGCUAUUGUGUAUAUCGUUUCUAUCACAGAUGAAAGGUACAACGAAAAAAAGUACAAAAAGGUGUUGUUAUCUCGAGAUUAUACAAGAGCGGAAGCAUUAAAAGCAAAUAAAAAACCUCCUCAUCUUAAUGAAAUCCGAAGACUUAGACGAAAUGGAAACAUAGCCAAUUUUGAAGAUAUAUUUAGACCAGUGUAUAUAGAAGCAUUUGGAAAAAUAAAAGUAGAUAUAGAUCCAUUACAUAUCUCUGAAAGAAAUUGUCAAGUAGAGCAUAUGAUAGAUUUAUUAUACUUGACAGAAGGUGAAGAGAAUUUAAAUGACCGAAAAAAUCCUAACGAUAUACCUGAAGGACUUAGAACACAUUAUGUACUUAUAACAGAUUUUACUCGAUUAAUGCAUUUAUUAGAAAAGCAUAUUCCAACAUGUCCAGGACCAAGUAAAGCACCACAACGAUUAAUUCUUCCUGAAGAGGAUAUAGAUUUAGAAGCAGAAGAGAUCGAAGUGGAGAAAAAAGAUAAUGAAAGAAAUACUGUAAAAGUAGCAGAGCAAAAAGCAAUUUCAUAUGGAUAUACAAUACAUUGUUCAGAUGGAACUACACAAAAGCCAGUAAUUAAUAGAGAAUCAGAAAAUAUAAUAAAAGACUUAUUAGAAAACCUUCAAGAAGAUUUGGAUGUCAUUAAAGAUAAGCUUUGUGAUCCAGUUUCAUGUGAAAAAAUGACGCCAAAAUUAUGGCGAAAAUAUCAAAUGGCAAAUAAAUGUUGGGGAUGUGAAGAAAAUUACAUGAAGUUGGAUAUAAUAAAAUUCGUGUAUUCGAUCCUGAAACUAAAAAAUAUUUGGGUGCUUCACAUAGAAAAUGUCAUGGAAAACGAUCAAUUAUUAAAG